UACUGUCAUUAUUACUUCCAGAAUGCAUUGAAGAAUCUGUGAAAGUAUUUCGCCAUUCCAGAACCUGAAGUGACACGUGGAUGAGAAGACGUGAGGUGCGAGAUGUACGGAAGCACUGAUUUGCUUGAAGUUGACGAGAGUUUGUGCCUACUUAGCUCUGAUACUAUUCAUACUGGAGAUGAUGAUGAUCCUGACCCGAUGUCGAAAGAAAGUGCAAAGAAUAUUAUUCAUCCGAACUCCCAAAUGCUUAAACGUCUAGUUCAAAUACCGGACGUUCCACAUUCGGGAUUCAGUUUUCGAAAGUUGUGGGCUUUUAUGGGUCCUGGAUUCCUGAUGAGCAUAGCCUAUUUGGACCCAGGAAACAUUGAAAGCGACUUGCAGUCAGGUUCACAAGCUCAGUAUCGACUCUUAUGGGUUUUGCUAUCAGCACAUAUUAUUGGUUUCUUUCUGCAGAGAUUAUCCGCUCGUCUGGGUGUUGUCAGUGGAAGGCAUAUGGCAGAAGUAGCAUAUGAAUACUAUCCACGAACACCGCGGCUCGUUUUGUGGGUAAUGAUCGAAAUAGCAAUUAUUGGAAGCGAUAUGCAGGAAGUUAUUGGAACAUCGAUUGCAUUCUAUCUUAUAACUGGAGGCUGGAUUCCAUUAUACAUUGGUGUUCUGGUUACCGUUCUGGAUACAUUUCUGUUUUUAUUUCUGGAUACUUACGGCUUUCGAAAGCUGGAAGUUUUUUUCGUAGUUUUGAUCGCGAUUAUGGGAGCUACCUUUGGUUAUGAAUAUGUAAUAGUAAAACCGGACCAGCUUUCGGUCCUCAAAGGUAUGUUUUUACCGUGGUGCGAAGGCUGCGGUCGUGACCAGUUCUUGCUUGCCGUUAGUAUUGUCGGUGCUGUCAUAAUGCCUCAUAAUUUAUAUCUUCAUUCUGCACUUGUUAAGAGUCGCGAAGUAGAUAGGAAAAGGAAAGCUAGUAUCCAGGAAGCAAGUUUCUACUUCUUUAUCGAGUCCGGUGUUGCCUUAUUAUGUAGUUUUAUAAUCAAUGUAUUUGUUGUUGCUGUUUUUGCUCAUGGGUUGUAUAACAAGACCAAUUACCAAGUAAGGAUAAAUUGUGAUGCACGUGAGGGUAUCAUGGAUCCCACAGCAUUUCCUUACGACAAUGAAACGGCUAAAUCAGAUUUAUACAAAGGUGGUAUAUUUCUUGGCUGUGAAUUUGGUUUCGUUCCUCUCUAUGUUUGGGGUGUUGGUAUCUGGGCAGCUGGACAAAGUUCUACAAUGACGGGUACCUAUACUGGACAGUUUGUGAUGGAGGGUUUCUUGCAAAUCCGUUGGCCUCGUUGGAAACGAGUUUUGGUUACUCGUAGCAUCACAAUUGUGCCAGCACUGUUGCUUGCACUACGUAUAAAUAGUAUGCGUGACUUAACGGGAAUGAACGAUUUAUUAAACUGUGUUCAAAUGCUGCAGCUACCGUUUGCGCUUAUUCCAGCGGUAACAUUCACAUCUAGUGCCAAAGUCAUGCUUGAUUUUCGCAAUUCCAGAUUUUUCCAAGUUUCGGCGCUAGUGGUGUCGUGUAUUGUAAUUUUCAUUAAUUUGUUCUUCUUCACGGACUAUAUAACUGAAGAGCUGGGGAAUGCGUGGUACAUCUGGGUGAUACUCUUGAUACCAUCCAUCGCAUACCUUAUAUUCGUCUGCUAUUUGUUGUUCGUAUGUGUGGCAGCAAUAGAUGUUCUGACUUCUCCAAAAUGGAAAAAGAUACCUGGUUUCGAUCCAAUACAUUUCAUCACCGAUGCACCAUGGCUUUCCGAAGAGCAGGAAAUUGUGGAUACAAAGCGGAACAAUAGCGAUCGUUAUCCUCAAGUGAUCAGUUAAUUUCAUUUCUUGCUGUUCAGCAUUUUCUUAUUUCUCCUGGAUAUGUUUGUGGAGGUUAUGAAUUCUUAAUUGGUUCUAUUCCUGAAGAACUUCGCAGUAGCAGAGAAAAUGCCCCUAUCGUGUGAGACCUACUAUGUAUUGGUACAGCGAUACUGAAAGCAGUGAGACAACAGGAUUUAUGCUAAUGUAAAACAACGCGAUACACAUCCG